UAGACCUGUAGUUGGUAGCGGAUCCAUUUUUCUUCGACGAACAAGCAUCCCAAAUUCUGUUGGACCCCGUCCACCGUUGUCUGCCCUGCUUGGUCGUUCUUGGGCAAGUAGUGAAGAAGGUUCGAGCCCUAGGGCUUUGUCUACUCCUCAAAUCCGCUGGAUGACCACUUCUGGCAACGUCUGUCACAGGCUUAAUGAGCACAUAAGCAUUUCAAGGGAAGGGCAUGGCUUCUUCGUCAGUGAUUACUCCUGAAGAUGUGUUGGAGAUGUUGAUGAACGAUGGUACAAUUGAUGCCCUCAGAUUGAAGAUCAUCAAUCAACUCAAAGCUAAUGAGGAACUCAAGAGUACUACUAUUAAGAUGGCUGAACAGAGUAAAGUCCUUAAUACCCCUGGGGCUGAGAAACAGACCAAAAGAGAGCUGUAUGAUGCCCUUCGUCAUGAACUUGAAGCACCAAUACUUGAGAAAGCUUCUAAAUCAGUUUGGGAUUUAAUUUUAGACAACAAUGGCCUAGGAAGAGAGAUAAGUGAAACAGUUGAAAAAGUAUUUUGUCGAUUGAGUGGCCAGGAGCCUCCUUUAUUUCCUACGCCAAAUGACGAACCACAAGCUGAUAAUAAGGAGACUGGCAACAGAAAGGAUCAGAAAGGGAAAGGAAAAGAGAGAGAAAAUGAAAAUAUGAAUUCUAAUAUGACAAUGAAGAAAAGAAGUUUCGGUGAAAUGAAUUGUGAAGUUGAUGAAACCGCCAAGAGGUCUUCAGAUUCUGCUUCUGCACCUGAAGGUUCUAGCAAAUCGCCUUUGCCAGUUUCAAAAUCUUGAGAUUGAUUUGCCAUGCGAGCUAGCUUUUUGUAAUAAAAUUGAUUAUAUCUGGUAAAUAGAUUGAUUAGCUUUAAAGGAUGAUACUCUUCGAAGUUCAUGUAACAAAUAUUUUAGAUGCAAUAUCUAUUAUUAGUAAAGUUGAUCCA